GUCGGUUGUGUGCGCGCUGUUGUGUACGUGCUGUUUAGCGCAACAAUGUUAUUCAGUGGCCCUGCUGGAAAACAUAUACACACUCGUUUUUAAUGCAGUGGCCCAAUAUAUCGAUAAUCUCAAACGGAGCUGUAUGUUCGGAUACGAAGGUCUGCCGUAACCGAUGGAGGAUCCCAUUGCCAUAAUCCCAUUCUAGAGAUAAAUUUACAUAAACAGGCCGGCCUGGGUCGCUUUCAAUUUUUCUCCCCACAAUGAGACUGUACGCAUUUCUUCUGACGAACAAUUUACCAAAGAUAGAAUUUUAUUCGAGGUUUUCACCAUCGCCCCUGUCAAUCAAGCAGUUUCUGGAAUUUGGUAGGGAUAAUGCAUGUGAGAAGACAUCUUACAUGUUCCUUCGUAAGGAGCUGCCGGUGCGUCUGGCAAACACCAUGAGAGAGGUGAAUCUACUGCCUGAUAAACUGCUUAGUCAACCGUCAGUCAAACUGGUGCAGAAAUGGUACAUGCAAAGUUUCUUCGAACUGCUAGAGUUUGAAAACAGGAAGCCAGAAGAUCCUCAUGCCCUCAAUGAUUUCCUGGAGACUCUUAUUGAGAUCAGAAAUAGACACAAUGACGUCGUCCCGACCAUGGCCCAGGGCGUGAUCGAAUAUAAGGAGAAGUUUGGUUUCGACCCGUUUGUCAGCUCCAACAUCCAGUACUUUUUGGACCGCUUCUACACCAAUCGAAUCUCCUUUCGCAUGCUCAUCAACCAGCACACUCUCCUCUUUGGCAAUGAUAUCAACCCAGCCCAUCCCAAACACAUUGGCAGUAUUGAUCCCAACUGCGGUGUGGCCGAGGUGAUGACCGAUGCAUACGAGACCGCUAAGAUGGUGUGUGAGCAAUAUUAUCUAGCUGCCCCAGAGCUGAAGAUAGAAGAAUUCAAUGCCAAGGCUCCUAAAAAACCCAUCCAAGCUGUGUAUGUGCCCUCCCACCUGUUCCAUAUGCUGUUUGAAUUGUUCAAGAAUGCAAUGCGUGCCACGGUUGAGCUUCAUGAGGGCAGCAAGGAGGGUCUGCUCCCUAUAAAAGCAAAAGUAACCCUGGGGAAGGAAGAUCUGUCUGUGAAGAUCAGUGACAGGGGAGGGGGUGUGGCUUUACGGAAGAUUGACAGGCUGUUCAACUACACUUACUCUACUGCACCAACACCCAGCCUGGAUUCUAAACAAGUGCCAUUGGCUGGUUUUGGACAUGGUUUGCCAAUAUCGAGACUGUACGCACGCUACUUUCAAGGGGACCUGAAACUGUACUCAAUGGAAGGAGUAGGAACAGAUGCUGUCAUCUAUCUGAAGGCACUCUCCAGUGAAUCAUUCGAGCGUCUGCCUGUCUUUAACAAAUCUGCUUGGCGGCACUAUCAAGGCGGCCCAGGAGCGGAUGACUGGAGCAACCCCAGCAAGGAGCCCAGAGAUGCCUCCAAAUACAAGGCCAAAAGAUAAUUGCACUUCAUCCAAAAUGUCACUCUGCACCCAUUUACAGACCUUCUACGUUUCAGUCUAGCUUCUGUUUCCAUGGCAACAUCACAUUAAUGCAUUAACUUGUUAGCAUUUCCAGAGCAGAUGAUGUAAGCGGCAUUAAAUCUCUACUCAUUCCUCCUUUGUGCAGCUACAGACGUAAGAUACAGAGCUCCUUUUAGUGUCUUCCGGGGCAGUCUAGGGAAAAGGGUGAAACUUUUGUGCCCAGAGUGUGAGAUACUUUGGUUCUCCUUUAAUUGUGCCACACAGUAGAGCCCCUGUUGGAAUUCCUGAAACAGCCAGAGAAGAAAGCCUGGAGUUUGAGAUGAUCAAAACAAAGAGCAUUUCUAUUACUGCCAUUCAGAAAUUCGAAGGCAAUAGAGACCCCAUUGCCCACUGUUGCCAUGACUACAACUGCUAUUUUCUUGGCAAAAUAGCCGAAUGAAGAAACAAUUUUGAAAAGACUCAGGAGAAAUGAAAAUAUUUUGUUAGAAAGAGGGUGAAUCUCACAAAACCUGUCAAGAACAUGUCCAGGUCAUAUUUCUUCUCAAAAUCAAAAGGAAAAAUUAAGAAAUCAUAUUUUGCCUUAUAAAAAUGAAGUUUAUUUAAGAUUUUCUGCAUUGUGACUUUAUCUUAAAACUAUUACGUUAAAGUUAAACUCCCAAUUAUUGUAAUGUGAAAAAAAUAUCUACAGUAAAUACAGUGCAUAUGUAUGUAAACAUUAAUAUACACACACAAUUUAUACUAAGUAUUUAUGGUAGUAUUUAAAUUUGAUUUAUGCUGGUUUUAAUUGACCUUUGAUUUUAAAAUCAUUUGUGUCUGGACAGGAUCAUUUUCAGUAAAUUAAAGUUAAACUCCAAUUAUUGUAAUGUGAAAAAAAAUAUAAUAA